AUGCGUGUUGACUUGCGCUCCGUUCUUCUGGUUCUGGCCGGCUCGGCCGUCGCCCAGUCUUACAUUGUUGACCCGCCUACCACUGCCCCUUCCGACACUACACCGGACUGCACAUACUGGCAUGUCGGCGCAGCUGGAGAUACCUGCGAGGCAAUCGCAACUGACAACUUCAUCCAGCUGAGCUGGCUAUACCGCUGGAACCCUUCGCUUGCUAAUGGAUGUAAUGUCAUCGCCGGCACGUCUUAUUGUGUGGAGGAGAACUGGGGUGUACCUCCAGUCGAUCCUACAACUACCACUUCGACAACCACUACGCCGACCAGUACUGGUAUUGUCACGCCGACGCCCACGCAGCCGCCCGAGAUCGUCGCAGGCUGUACCAAGUUGCACUUUGUCAGCAAAGGCACCAGCUGCAGCUCCAUCCUAUCCCAGUAUGGCAUUACCGUCGCCCAGUUCUAUGCAUGGAACAGCGGAGUCGGUGCCGACUGUUCGGGAAUGUGGGCCGAGGUCUACGUCUGCGUGGCCGGCCCCGGCUUCGAGCCAACGACCACCACGGGGCCGGGUCCCACCACGACCGGAGGCAACGGCAUCGUCACCCCGAGCCCUACUCAGCCGCCGUCCAUAACGCCCAACUGCAACAAGUUCUACUUUGUGAACCCCGGGACCAGCUGCAGCGCCGUCCUGAGCCAGAACGGCAUCACGAUCGCGCAGCUCUACGCCUGGAACGAGGGCGUGGGGGCCGACUGCUCCGGCUUGUGGGCCUCAGUGUACGUCUGCGUCGGCGUCAUCGGCGGCGGCGGCUCGCCCACCACGACGAGCAAGCCGACGACAACGUCCGGCAACGGCAUCACGACGCCGACGCCGACGCAGCCCGGCAUGACGGCCAACUGCGACAAGUUCCACUUCGUCGCGCAGGGGCAGUCGUGCGCGUCCGUGCUGGCCCAGUACAGCCUGCCCCUGGCCACGUUCUACUCGUGGAACACGGGCGUGGGCUCCCAGUGCGAGAACAUGUGGGCCAACGUGUACGUGUGCGUGCACGCCAUCGGGGCCGUGAUCCCCACGAGCACGACGACCAAGCCGACGACUACCAAGGGCAACGGGGUGGCGACGCCCACGCCGACGCAGCCGGGGAUGGUGACCAACUGUAACAAGUUCUACAAAGUGGUCGACGGCGACACAUGUGACGUGAUCACCUCCAAGACAAAGGUGUCCAAAGCGAAUCUGCAAAGGUGGAAUACCCAGAUUGGCGACGCGUGCAAUGUUUGGCUUGGCUACUACCUUUGCAUCGGGGUUAUUUAA